AUGAUUUCAAAGGUUUUUUUAUUUUUAUUAUUAAUCACGUUUGCCUCGGCUAAAAUUGUAAAUCAAAUUGAUACUCCAGGGGGUAAAAUAGCCAUUGGUAUACUUUAUCCGAUAACAUGGAGUUUAGUUGAUAAGCCUGAAGAUCUUGGCGUUUUAAAAGUGAUUAAAACUCCAGAAAUGAUUCCCAAAAUUAUUAGUGAAAAUGUGGAUCUUAACUCAAAAGUAUUUUCUUGGAAAGUGGAUGUUAAACCUGGAACAUACAGUCUUUCAUUGAAUGAUGGCCUUGUAGACAAUCUUUCUGGUAUUUUUGAUGUUUAUGAUCCAAAGGCACCACCAUCAACAUCUAUUGCAACAUCAACAACACCUAUUGAAACAGCAAAAAUAUCAACAAGCGAUACUCCUACUAGUAGCGUCAAUGAAACUUAUGCUUUAUCAACCACUUCCACCGCAGUUACAAGCAAGAUGGUAGCAAAACAACCAAAAUCAGGUUUAUUUAUAGGCUUAAAUAAAGGUCAUAAAGUAACGCCUAGAGAAUAUAGACCAAAACCUUCUCGAAGAAAAGGGAAAAUAUCUAAUAAAACAAAAUUUGUGAAAGAUUUGAUUCGUGAAGUAGUUGGUUAUGCACCAUAUGAAAAACGUGUUAUGGAAUUGUUGAAAAAUUCUAAAGAUAAACGUGCUAGAAAGUUGGCUAAAAAAAGACUUGGUACAUUUGUUCGUGCAAAAAGAAAAGUCGAAGAACUUAGUAAUAUUAUUGCAGAAUCUCGCCGUGCUCAUUAA